AUGACUGCUACACAUUUAGUACAUGAAAGACCUUGGAAGUAUGAGAUGUGCGAAGUUCAAAAUUGUUUUGAGAAUACAUAUACCUUUUUCAAGGAUGGCAAGAAGAAAAUUUUGGUUCCUUCUAAAUCUACAGCCAUUUACAAAGAGCAUAGCGAUGACAAGACAAGUGCGUUAGUAGCUAGAAUUGUGAAACAACUUCAAACGCAUACUCUUAAUUCACAUGACAGUUCUAAGCUAAUGAUAAUUAUUCCAGAAAGAGUGCAUCCUUUGAUCAAUCAGUUUCAUGUUUUAUUUCCUGAUGAACUUCCAAAGUCUUUACCACCUCUUCCAAUUCAUUCUCAUUACAGAUUGAGCCCUAAGGAACAUGAGAUUUUGCAAGGACAGGUAAAUGAUUUAUUGGAGAAAGGAUUGAUUAGAUUGAGCAAGAGUCCUUGUGUUAGUCCAACAUUUCUUGUUGAUAAGAAAGAUGGAGGUUGGAGAAUGUAUAUCGAUUGUAGAGCUCUAAACAAAAUCACUAUUCCCUAUAGAUUUCCUAUACCAAGAUUGGAUGAUUUGAUUGAUAUGCUUGUUGGGUCUAAGGUGUUUUCUAAGAUUGAUUUUCGCAGUGGUUAUCAUCACAUUCACAUUAGAAUGGGAGACGAGUGGAAGACAUUUUUCAAAACUCGUGGUGGAUUAUAUGAGUGUCGUAAUGAGGAGGAACAUUUUUCUCAUCUUUCUCAAGUAUUUCAAGAUCUUGAUGAUAAUGCACUCUAUGUGAACCUUAAAAAGUGUACUUUGUUAACAACUUCAGUCAUUUUUUUGGGUUAUGUUAUUUUUGAUCAAGGAAUUUCAGUGGAAGAUUCAAAGAUUAAAGCAAUAUCUGAGUGGCCUACUCCAAAAUGUGUUAAAUAUUGCACCGGUUCUUGCAAUGCCAGACUUACUAAGCCUUUUGAAGUUGAGUGUGAUGCUUCCAUUGUUGGGAUUGGAGCUGUAUUAUCUCAAAGUGAUCAACCAGUUGCUUUUCAUAGUGAAAAAACUCAGAAGCUAAGAGGAAUGACAUCAGCUAAGGUAGAUGAUGCAUUGAGUAGACGUGAUCACCUUAGUGUCACUCUUUGUAAUGAGAGUGUAGCUUUUGAUUACAUCAAAGACUUAUAUGUUGAUGAUGAUGAUUUUAUGACAAAAAUGGAGAAAUGUGGAAAUAUGUAUUCUGGGAUUGAUGAUUUUCUUAUCCAAGAUGGAUUUCUCUUCAAAGGUAAAUCUUCAUUUGCUAUCGUUUAUUCGAAAGUACCAAAUCAUAUACUGGGUUUGGUUGUGUUACCUAAACCUUCCAAGUCUCAUGAAAAGGUUGAUCAACUACUUGACAAGGCUUCUCAACUUCAUAAUGAGGUCAAAAAUAAACUUGAAGAUUCUAAUGCUAAGUAUAAGGCUGUAGCCGAUCAACACAAACGGUUUAAGAGUUUUGAAGAAGGAGAGAUUGUGAUGAUACAUCUUCGGAAAGAGCGUUUUCGAACUGGUACUUACAACAAAACUAUGAUGAAGAAAUACAGACCUUUUAAAAAUUUGAAGAAAAUAAGUGACAAUGCUUAUGUGGUGGAUCUUCCUGCAAACUGGAACAUUUCUAACAUAUUUAAUGUGCAGGAAAUCUUUACAUUCCAUGGUGAAGUUGAUCAACUCGAGGACGAGUUAUUUUCCAAGAAGGGAGGACCGAUGUAG